AUGAGCGUCCCAGAAACCACCGAUGCUGCUGCUGCGGCCAACAACAAUAACAUCGAACAAACGAAGAAGGUGGAAUUGGAUCUGCCCAGAUCUGCUGCUGAUGGAUUGAUCCAGAAGCCUUUCCCCGCACCUCUUGAGACGGCCAAACCGCAGCCUCCAGCCAAGCUCACUGCUGAUCAACAGGAGAAAUACAAUUCCGUCUUCAAGACCGUCUCUGUGUGGGAAACUGUGCCUACGACCUCUGCAAAGAAUGCCCCAACAGCCCCAAUCACAGAUGAUGAGCGGAUGUUUAUGACCCGCGAGUGUCUUCUUCGAUACCUGCGUGCGACCAAGUGGAAUGUGUCCGAGGCCGUGGCUCGACUGCAACGAACCCUCACCUGGCGUCGGGAGUAUGGAUUGGAGAGACUGACAUCGGAUUACAUCUCCAUUGAAAAUGAAACGGGCAAGCAGGUGAUCCUCGGAUAUGACAUCCAUGCGCGGCCCUGUCUUUACCUUCUGCCCUCGAACCAGAACACAGAGAAGAGCGACCGCCAGGUCGAGCAUCUUGUCUACAUGCUGGAGCGAGUGAUUGAUAUCAUGGGCCCAGACCAGGAAACUUUGGCACUUAUCGUUGACUACAACGAAAGCAAGUCUGGACAAAAUGCAACAUUGGGUCAGGCCAAGCAAACUCUGAACAUUCUCCAGAACCACUACCCGGAGCGAUUGGGUCGUGCGUUGGUCAUUAAUGUACCUUUCAUGAUUUGGGGCUUCUUCAAGCUGGUUACCCCAUUGAUCGACCCGCUGACCCGGGAGAAGAUGAAGUUCAACGAGGAUCUCUGCCAGCAUGUGCCCUCGAGCCACCUGAUGAAAGCCAUGGGCGGUGAUGUCGAAUUCCGAUAUGAGCACUCAAUCUACUGGCCUGCCAUCAACGCACUGGCUGACCAGCGAAAGAGCGAAUACCGUGAGCGUUGGGUUCAGGGCGGCAAGCUGAUCGGAGAGCAUGAGAAUUACCUGAAAACCGGUACAAGCCCCAGUCUGUCGCAGAGUCAAGGCUCCGAUGGAGCUGCCAAAGCCGCCUGA